ACAACUCACCCUUGGUUUCCAAUGAAUGGCUACGCCGAUAUCAGUUGAAACGUCAACCAGUGAUUGUUUUACUGUCAUGACGGCGCGGUUCCAUUGUUCUGCGUGUACCCUUUACUCAAUAGUUGGACAGCGAUGUGAUUAAUCCUUGGCUUUAGCAAUUAAUCUUAAUUUUAAACAGCGUUUCCGCGAUCUCUCCCCGGGACCUCCAUUAUUGUAGUUGUUUUGUUUGGCCAUUUGACGACGCAAUUUGUCGACCUGUAUAUCCUUGCGCGAUAGAGGAAUCCUCAAGUUAGGAUUCCUUCAGGAAUCGUAGACUUUCUGGGAGGGUUUAUAAGACCCAAGUAUGCCUUACCGAGUCGCAACACGAGACGCCUAUCCUACCUGGAUAGGCCUCAUAUUUGUUUUCAAUCUAAUUGUCGGCACGGGAGCACUUACUUUGCCGGCAGUCUUUGCCAGAGCGGGCUGGGCCCUCGGUUUCGUGAUUGUUUCUGUUUUGGCGUUCAUAAGUUUCGUGACCGUGACUUUUGUCAUCGAAACAAUUGCUUGUGCCAAUGCAGUACUGCACUGGCGACAGUUGCAGCUACUCAAACGUGAUAAGUCUAUGCUUUCAGAUGAGCUGGACAGUGAUCGAGAGGACGACAUCGUUGCACGUUCCGCGGCGCAAUCCUCCACCGGGCAAGAUAUGUCGGACUCCAGCAUGGAGCAAACGCCCCUUUUUUCUCACCGAUCCCGAUAUUAUCUUUUAGAUAAUAAGAUUGAGUUGGGCGAGAUGGCCGGACUGUUUUUCAGUGAUUUCGGCCGGAUCCUGUUCUACCUCUGCAUCGCAAUUUACUUGUAUGGCGACUUGAGUAUUUACUCUGCCGCCGUGGCUAAAACAUUUCGCGAUAUCUUAUGUGUCAGCAACGGUACCGGUAACAGCACCAGUGAUUCCUUGGAUAGCGAGAUGUGUUGGACGAAUCACAGCCUCAGUCGACUUGAUGUAUACCGUCUUGCCUUGAUUGGCUUCCUCAUGCUGCUCGGGCCGUUCACAUUUUUCAACGUGCAAAAGACAAAAUACUUGCAAAUGUGCACAGUAUGCUUCCGCUGGAUUGCAUUCAGCAUCAUGAUAAGUAUCGCACUACAACGAAUAAUAGCCAAUGGUCCGGCUGCCCGUCCUGCUGCGGCAAAUAUUGUAGGAAUCCCGUCGCUGUUUGGAGCUUGUGUGUACUCGUUCAUGUGCCACCACUCGUUACCCAGCUUGAUAGCGCCUAUCAAGAAUAAAAAACAAAUUAAAUCAUUGCUCUCGUGCGACUAUGCGCUGAUCUGUGUUUUUUACUUGUUACUGGCCAUAACUGGGGCAUUUGCAUUUGCCAAUCUCGAAGAUCUCUACACACUAAACUUUGUGCCGAGUCCCGACCAGGGAUCUUCCGUCUUCCUCAAAAUAAUCGAGUACUUCCUGGCCCUAUUUCCGGUGUUUACACUGUCUGCAAGCUUCCCGAUUAUCGCCAUCACCUUACGGAAUAAUCUUCAGACGCUAUUCCUCGACAUGUCACGCAUCGAUACCUAUAACUUCUUCCAGAGACGUAUCAUCUUCCCGCUUUUGGCUAUCACACCACCGAUUGUCGUCACUUUUUUCACGGACAGUUUAACGAGCCUGGUGGGAUUCACGGGAUCAUAUGCUGGAACUGGUAUUCAGUAUUUGAUUCCGGUCACGUUAGUCUACUCAGCAAGAAAAACGUGUACGGAUUUGCUUGGUCAAGGAAUAAUCAACGAGUAUCGCAGUCCAUUCCGACACAUCGGCUGGUUAAUUUUCGUUAUAGUCUGGUCAUGUGCGUGUGUAAUUUUAGUCACAGUUAAUUUUUUCACGAAUAGCGAAACGGGAACUUAGGAAUACAUCGUUACUAUCGGAAUUUGCAAUAGCCGGUCUACCUAAUUCCACUCGAACGACACAAAUCCGGAAAUUACUCUCUCGUGUAGCUCCGGGUCUAGAAUAAUAAAGCUCAAUUAUAUUUUGAAAUCUACAAUUCGUAGGUUCGUAGCGGGUCCCCUAGAGAAGGACACAUUAUCAUGUUUCAUAUAUCUAUGAGCGUAUUUUCAAUAAACUGAGACUGACAGAUCUAUAUAUAUAUAAAUAGGAUGAAUAUUGUUAAUCUAUUGUACAUGUCCUAAAUUUUAAGAUGUUUUUAAUAUUUUCGUAUUGUGAAAAUGGCAACAUAUUUUUAUGUUAUGACAAAUACAAAAGAAACUAUUGAAUCUGG